AUGGCCAGAGGGCUAAUCCAGUUACACGUGGCUUUACCUAACAACCUAGACAAAUAUAACCUUGAAGAUGCAGCGCGAAAAGCCGAGGUAGAGGAAGUGGAUUUAGACAAUUUACUGGAAACAAAUGAAGGGUUCCAUAACUUAACAAACCUCGGAGUACCUAAAACAAGAGUUAUCGGUAUCAUCUCUGCUGUAACGGCUGGAUUUAGUGUACUUAAAGCUGUUGCUUCACAGAUUGAUGUUUCGAGAGUAUGUGCUAUUGGAUUGUCAAAUCAUGGAAAUCGAAAAUUAGUUGAACCAUCUUGGUAUCUUGAAAGUGGAAUUAUCAGAGAUCCCCUACCAAGAGAAAUUUUGCCUGGUGACGCCGGUAUAUUUACAUUUGAGAAGACAAAUUAUGCUACAUAUGGGACAGCAGGAACAUUAACAUACACUGUUGAAGGCACAAACACACAGAUAGAGGUCAUGUGGUCAGUUCCUAUGGUAUAUGGUGUAUACUCGAAUAGGUUUAACGUGCAGAUUGAAGAAAACCAAGUUGCAUCAUCAAUGUUGCAUAAGUAUCUGUACAAGAAUCAAUCCCAGGAGGUGUCGAAUGGUGGUCACUGGAUGCACCGUAACCAUAACAACAUAAAGGUUCAUGCAGCUAUGACCAACAACGCCAAAGCAUCUCUAUUGGUGGAAAUAUAUUACAACUUAACAACACCAAUAACAGAAGUACUUGGAAAAUAA